GGAGGUGUCGGACCUGAAUUGAUUGAUAUCUGAUCUAUCUUCGUUUUGAUUCUGCGUACUAGACAGCUGGUGGGCUUUAAUUGUUUUUACAAUACGACGCAAUACAAUACAAUACAAUACCUGUUUUCUCAUUUCGAGAUUUCAAUAUACAAUACAAAAUGGCCUCUCAAGCAGCAUGUGUCUUCUGCAAGAUCAUCAAAGGUACGAAUUUCCAUACCUUAUUCCUCAUUCAGUUCCUUCUCUAUACCUCCUUCUCUAUACCCAAUUCUCUGUAUUUUCUUUUCUAUACAAUAUUCUGUAUCUUAUAUUUCAUGUGCAAAGGCUAAUAAUAUAAUAUACUCGAAUAGGAGAUAUCCCUUCUUUCAAACUCUUCGAAUCGGAAAAGGUGUUUGCGUUUUUGGAUAUUAACCCCUUGUCUAGGGGUCAUGCUGUUAGUAUUUUGUUUCUGGCUGCUCUACUCUGUUCUUACUCCUGUUCCUGUUUUUGUUACGGCUCCUUUUCUGGUAUUGUUGUAUCUGCGAGUGAAGAUAUCAUACAUACAUACAUACAUACAUACAUACCGCGGGGUAUCCAGAUUCUAGACGGAUGAAUGCUUGGAUUGAUGGAUUGGUGAAUGAAUGAAUAAACAAAGUAAACAGAGCUAUCUAACUAACAUUCACAAAAAAUCUAGCUCGUAAUCCCCAAACAUCAUGGCGAGAAAUUGGUUGAUAUUCCCGAUGAUCAAUUACAGGAGAUUUUGGUACGUUACCUUUCUCCUUCCUGGCAAAUACAUUUCAACGCCCUUCCUUCUUCGUUCUCCCGGUUUUGUCAAUAUGAGAAUCUGCCGUCGUUUCAUGAGAUUUAUUUCAUGCUCUCCUUCUUUGCAUAUUACGAGGAUAUGAUAGGAUUCAAAAACAUUGCUAAUAUGAAGAAUAGCCUGUAGUGAAGAAAUUGGUCGUAGCAACUGGUGCAGAAAAUUAUAAUGUUUUGCAGAAUAAUGGACGGAUUGCACAUCAGGAGGUUGAUCAUGUAAGUCUUCUGUCAUUUUUCUGCCUUCUUUUCUUUCCCUGUCUAUAAGUUUCUCAUACAACAACUAAUCCCUCCUUCUGCAGGUACAUUUCCACAUGGUACGCUGAGUUCCCUUUCCCUCUUCCCUCUUCCCUUUCCCCAAAUUCCGUUCCUUUCCCUUCCCGAAACCCCAAACUCCCAACAUCCCAACCAAACUCCCCCAAACUACCGCAGCAAAGCCCAUCAUCACCCAACUAACCUCUCUCCCCCCUCCCCCCUAAUAGAUCCCCAAACCCUCCAUCGAAGAAGGAAUGUCUAUCGGCUGGCCCCAACAAACAACAGACAUGGAUAAACUAAAAGCACUCUUCACCGAGAUAAAAUCCAAGAUGUAAUCCAAGAUGUGAGCUUCAAUUUCUAUGAACUAUGUAGGUUGGGUUGCAUUGUAUCACGUUGUGCUACUUUGUACUGGGUGCAGUUUCGAAGUAAAGAGCAAAUGAACAGGGUGUUGAAAUUUAAGUAUUUCCUAUGAGUUGUUGAGUUAUGGGGAAAUGGAGAGAUGGAAAGAUGGAGAGAUGAAAAGAUGGUAUAGUUUAGUUUGGUUUGGUUUAGUUUGAUCUGGUGAACGAUGAGAUGAGAUGAGAUAGGAUGUUGUGAAAUAGGAUGGAAUGAUAUGAAAAGAGAAACCUUUUAUUACUUCUAUACAUAGUACCACCUAAAAACCAACGCAGAACAUACCUUCAAAAGCAAAA